AUGCCCUCCACCGUGGGCAGUUCUGUGAAGCCCAACUUGGCCUGGAUCCUGUGGUUGAGGAUAGAGGACAUCGCGUCUCCCAUCGCUCCUCAAAGUGUUGUCUCCUCAGCCAGCCCCACGGUCCCGGGGGGUCCUGCUCCCCCAUUGGCCAACAUCCCUUCCUCAAUCGGCCACUCGGAUGCGGAGGCCACGUCUCAAGGGGGAGGGCUGAGAGGCCAUCCUGCGUACUCCUCCUUUAUAACGUUUCUGGCGGAAACGGCCAAACAUCCGCUGAACCUGGUCCAGAGCAGAACAUCGCCGACCAUCACCCGGGACAGGAACCUCACCAGCCAGCGGCCUUCGGAGGACCCGGACCAGGCCUCGGGCACCUCUUCCUCGUCCAUCUUCGGCUCAGAGCGCUACGUCCCAUACGUUGCCGGGGGCAACCCCCACAUCCCAGGUGUCCUCCACGCAGGGAGCCGAGAGGGUCGCACCUGUGACCACGUCGCUGUUCAAACUGUUAUCAACAACAUCACAGUUAUCUUCUCCAUCCUCCUUGUUGUUCUCAUCAGCUUCAUCAGCAUUAGCAUCCUCAUUCUCCCCAUCGCCCCUCCAACAGAGCGCUACGUCCCAUACGUUGCCGGGGGCAACCCCCACAUCCCUAAUGUCCUCCACGCAGGGAGCCGAGAGGGUCGCACCUGUGACCACGUCGCUGUUCAAACUGUUAUCAACAACAUCACAAUUAUCUUCUCCAUCCUCCUUGUUGUUCUCAUCAGCUUCAUCAGCAUCAGCAUCCUCAUUCUCCCCAUCGUCCCUCCAACAGAGCGCCGUGGCCCACGCGUUGCCGGGGGCAACCCCCACAUCCCAGGUGUCCUCCACGCAGGGAACCGAGAGGGUCGCACCUGUGACCACGUCGCUGUUCAAACUGUUAUCAACCACAUCACAAUUAUCUUCUCCAUCCUCCUUGUUGUUCUCAUCAGCUUCAUCAGCAUCAGCGUCGACAUUGUUACCAUCAUCAUCAUCUUCUUCACCAUCGUCAUCACCGCCAUCAUCAUUUUUCUCAUCAGCUUUAUCAACAUUAUCGACACAAUCAUCCGCAUUUGUCACUUCUUUGUCCAAAUCACUGUUCACAUCAUCUUCAUCACCUCCAUCCUCAUCUUCACCGACACUAUCACCAGCAUUAAGAUUAUCAUCAUCAACAUCAUCUUCAUUAUCCUUCUUGGCAUCUUCAUCAUCAACAUUACCAUUAUCGACAUCCCAUCACCGCCGCCAUCGUCUCUGACUGCAUUGCCAUCAGGUCUCAUCAAGUCAGCCACCAUGACGCCCACGCCGCCUGUCAUUCCCGCCCGGUUCUCCGCGGCGCCUCCGUCCUCACCAAUCCCUCCCACUUUCGUCACUGCAGAAACGUACGGGACGAGGCAGCUCACCACGGGAACAUCCAGAAAGCCGGGUCUCGCCUCCCCUAAGGACAACCAGCCCGGUGGGACACCGGCCGGCGCCGUGGCUCCGUCCGCGGAGUCUGUCGAGGCAGCAUCUCAGGUAUCACCGCUGACCGCCCUGCAGGACGUCGCCACGGCGACCGCCUCCCAACGGCCCGGCACCGCAACAAGAACAGCCGGCACCGCUACGUCUUCCACUGCGCGACCUACCACUACCCCUCAUCCACCCACCACCACCACCACUACCACCACCACCACCACAACUACCACUACCACCUCCACCAUCGCCACUACUACUGCUUCUACCACCACUGCCUCCGUGCCACCCUUCUCAGCCACCACGCGAAGAACUGUGGCCACCAUGACACCGAGGGCUCCGUUCACCCGGAGGAACUUCACCCCCCACAUCCCGAGGAGCGCCCCCCCCAGGGCCACCGCCGCCGCCACCACCACCACAGAGGCCCCGCCCCAGCAGUGCAAUAUCACAGAGAAGAUGUGGGUGAAAACAGUUGUGUCCAUCUAUGUGAGAAGGAACCGUCUUGACAGCAUCCAGCGACAGAACCUUCGACGCGGGCUGAGCCAGGGCCUGCGAAAAGCUCUGAACGAUAGCAUGGCCCAAGCUCAGGUGGAGACUGUGUUCGGCUCUCCCAACAUGACGGUGGCCUACCAUGUCACCGGGGAGGGCGCGGUGUACACACCGGCCGCCGUGCUGGAGGGCCUGGGCUCCUACGGCCGUGAUAGGCUGAUUGCCGACCUGCGUCAGUACCUCCCCAUGGUGACGGCCCUGCCCAUCCCCACCGCUUUGUGGAGGCCGACUUCAGCCAGUGGCUUCCAGCUCCAAACGGUGCUGCGGUUCGUGGGCGCGGGGGAUAAUCCUCGCUCCUGCCGCUUCUCUCAGAUGAUGGAACAGAGGCUGGAGAACGCCUUCUCUGAAGCCCAGGCCAAGCACCUGGGGAGCCACAGCAAGCUCUCUGUUCAGAUGCUGAGGGUCUCCCCGGUGUCCCGGACCCCCGCUGUGUCCCUGGUCUACAGCGUGAGGAAUGGCUCCGUCUUCCUCAACGGCACCACCGCCUCCAGCCUGCUGGGUCGCCUCACGGCCGAGCUGGUGGGCUACUACCUGUUCUACCCCCCACUCGUCAUCGCAGAGCCACUUGAAUACCACAAUCUAAACUCCUCCAUCGCCACAAGAGACUUCUGGGUAAUCACAGUGAUCCACGACGUGGACGACGUGAGUCUGGACGGACACUACCGCAGCUUCGCCAGCCUGAUGGAGCGGCGCCUGGCCGAGCUGUUCGUGGCCGCCGGCCAGCAGGGGCCCCGCUUCCGGAGGGCCACCACCGUGGGCAGCUACACCAUUCAGAUGGUGAGCAUCCGCAGGCUGGCGGGGUCGAGGAGCCCGGCCGAGAUGACCUACUACGCCCAGCACAACGGCGUUCCGCUGCCGGGGGCGUCGGCGGCCAAGGUGCUGAACACGGUGGACUCCCAGACCGUGGCUCUCACCCUGGGCUACUUCGUCCAGCUGCAGGCUGAACCGGUGGUCAAGAAUCCACCGAACAACCUUUGGAUCCUUGCGGCGGUGCUGGCCCCCAUUGCCGUGGUAACGCUCAUCAUCAUCAUCAUCACAGCUGUGCUGUGCAGGAAGAACAAAAAUGACUUUAAGGCCGAUUCCAUUGGCAACCUCAACCCUCGAGCCAAGAUGGCAUAUCGAAGGGAUGCGGGCUACUUCCACCAGCCGGUGCAGGGAUUCGACUACGCCAAGCAGCACCUGGGGCGGCAGGGGGGCGACGAGGAGAUCCAGCCUGUGACCCAGGACACCCUCAUGAUGGCCCUGCCCCACCGCGACGGACCCCUGUCCCUGGAGAAGCCCCCGCGGCAGGACAGCAUGGCCAGCAGCAAGAAGAACCACCACGCCGGCACGGACACGGGCAAACGGAUGCCGACGGAGGACGGUUCCGUCAUUGGCAACGAAUCAGAGAAGCGGAAUUCGAGCAGGGGCGUGACGGUGCAGAAAGUCUCGGCGCAGCACAAAGUGACAAAGGAGGAGCGGCGCAGAAGGGAGGAUCCGUAUGACAGCUCGUCAGGCUCCCUGCAGCUCAUCUCCAUUAAGCCUACAGCAGCCCUGGCGUCCUACUCACAGCCAGCCUCCUCCGACCGCAGCCAGGAGUCGGCCGUCGUCAACGGAGAGGUGAAUCUGGCGCUGAAGCAGAAGUCGGACAUCGAGCACUACCGUAACAAGCUGCGGCUGAAGGCCAAGAGGAAGGGCUACUACGACUUUGCCUCGGCCGACGCCGGCAGCGGCAGCAACGUCAGCCGCAAGGCCCCGGACCAGCGUCCCCGGGGUGGGGACACAGGACACGAGCGGACCCCCGGAGAACCGGGGAGACCGCCGGAGCCCGACGAUGAGCGGGGUGACUCCACCUUCGUCAAGUCUCGCCGGAGGCACUCCCAGGUGGGGCAGCCGGCCUACCGCAGCAGGCAGAGCAUCAACAGCCCCAGCCCAGGGGGGACGGAGAUAGACCUGCUGGUGAUGAGGGAGAGACCCAGGAGAGGCAUCCGCAACAGCGGCUAUGAUACCGAGCCGGAGCUGAUCGAGGAGACCAACGUGGACCGGCUGAUCGGCCAGCGCGGCUACCUGUACGGCCGCGGGGUCAAAGGUCACUCGGAGACCUCCACCCUCAGCUCGCAGCCCUCCAUCGACGAGGUGCGCCAGCAGAUGCACCUGCUGCUGGAGGAGGCCUUCAGCCUGGCCUCCGGCGGCGGCGGCGGCGGUGGCCACUCCACGUCAGGGCGCCACUCCCACCACCGCCACCCCAACCCCGGGCACUACGGCCCCGCCCCGCCCCCGCUGCCCUACUCCGACGUCAUCACCAGCGCCCCGGGCACAGUGGGCUACGGGCGGGGGGGCCUGCAGUGGGCGCCGUCAUACGGGGCCGACCCGUACCAGUGCAGCAUCCCCAAGCCGGCCUUUCGCUUCACCCAGCUCCCUGACAUGGCCCUGGACUCUCCUCCUCCUCCGUCACAACUGCCCCCCCGCCCUGGGACCCCUCCCUGGACGUCCCUAAGGCGCUCUUCAUCGGAUUUGAGACCUAGGGGCCGGAGCCCGGUGGCCUCAGCAGCUGAUAUGCGGCUGGACACCCAACCGUACCAUCCACCGGUGACCACCAACACCACCACCACCACCACCCCUGCCCUACCAUCCUCCAACCCUCCAGAGCGCCCCAACUACUCAGGAAAUCCAAUAACAGCCGUCUAUGCCAUCCCAGCCAGCAGGACCGGAUAUUCAGAAUACAUGGCCUCCACACCCCCAACCUCCUACCACAGUCCCUCCUGGAUGUCCUACCCCCCGGAGCCAGAGGACGUCCCCCCACAGUGGGGAGAGUCAGUACCCUUGCCGGGGUAUGUGGAGUCGUUCCCCCUCCCCCGCUACCCGCAGUCCAGUCCCCCACUGCUCCCGCUGCCCUACAUCCAGGCCCUGGAACUGCUCCCCGACACCCCCAGCCCGGCAGCCAAGCAGAGCUCUCCCCUCGCGGUGAAGAACAUGGACAGCAUGCCCCUCACCAGCCUCUCCACUUCAGCACUGGUGCAGGCCAUUCGCCUCGAAGUGGCAAAGCUGGCGAAAAAGCAGAGCGAUAUGUUUGAGUUCCAGGUGUAA